ACUGCUCGAUGUGUCUAAAAGUUUUAGGUUACUUCAUCUGAGAGUUGGCAGUGCACAGUAAAGUGAGGAGUCAUGGGAAAUUUCAAGGGCCACGCCCUGCCUGGCAGCUUCUUCCUGAUUGCAGGGCUGUGGUGGGCGGGGAAAUUCUCCUUCUGCUAUGCCACCCGCAGCAACAAGAGUGUAGGAUUCCUGGCCUCCAAGGCCAGACAGCGCUACCUGGAAGUCAUUGAGGCCUCUGUCAUGCUGUUCUUCUCUGUCACCGGCAUGUUGGCGGAGCAGUUUGUGUCCGAUGGGCCCUGGCUGCGUCUCUAUGACUACACUGAGCAGCGCUGGGACCGGCUGAUGAACUGGCAGCAUGCCACCAUGUACCUGUUUUUUGGGCUAGCAGGAUCCACGGCUCUGAUGGUCCACACCGCAGACAAGGCCCCCCUCGCUGCAGACCGCAUGAUGCUGGCCACCGCGUUCUUCACAGAAGGGUUCCUGUUCUUGUACCACCUCCACGGCCGUGCCCUGCUGGACGUGCAUGUCCACCAGCUGCUGCUGUAUGCCAUUUUCAGCAGCGCACUGACCACCUUUCUAGAGGUGUUCCAGCGGGGCAAUGUCCUGCUGGAGCUGCUGCGAGCUGCACUGUGUCUGCUGCAGGGAACCUGGUUCUGGCAGAUUGGCUUUGUGCUCUACCCCCCCAGCAGUCUGGAGGAGUGGGACCUGAAGGACCACAACAACGUGAUGUUCAUCACCAUGUGCUACUGCUGGCACUUGGCCUUUGCCCUGCUGGCCGUGUCUGUGGUCUACUGCACCGUGUGCUGGCUGGUGCGGUCCAGGUUCAGGAGGAUGCGGUCAGCGGAGAUGGGCCUCCUGAAGACCAUGGAGCAGGAGUCGGAGGAUGAGGUGUAGUCCUGCUACGCCUGCCCCCACUCCUCUCACUCAGCUGCGGACAGCAGGACUGGGGCAGGUUCCAGCACCAGGUGUCCCAUCUAGCAGUGACCUCCCCCCAGCCUCCCACCGCACAGCGUAGCACCUGGUCCGUCCAACACCAUCCAAUGAACCAGCCAUCCUGCCAUGCUGCUAGCCCCUUGGUCUGGAACCCUGACUUAUGCAGCAUGCCUCCAGACAGCCCAGGAGCU